AUGCGCCUCUUCUUUGCUCUCCACACCUUCCUAUUAGCCGCCUUUUCCACGCAACUUAGGCGCUGCUACAGCGGCCUUAACAACCCCCCUCACCACUGCAUAAGUAAGUUCACGUUGUCAAAACUGAGCAACAGUUACCAUGUAAAAAAUGACAUAAUCAAUUAUGGCAGAUUUAAAUAUGUGUACACCAUUAAGAAUCAUCCCAUCCACCAUGUAACGACGAAGAUCCUUGAUCACCUGAAAAGGCAGUCUGCCUUCUGGGUAGUUUAUAACAAGUGCCCACUGUACCAAAGAAAUUUAUGCUUUAAUGAUAUUUUGAUUAAAAACACGAAUGAUACCACGUCUGCGAGGAAUAACUUUUACUUUUCAGACUCCCUUUUGUACAUCCCCCAGGCGACGUCUCUCUUUCCCCAUGUGUGUCACUUGCUAAGGGGGGAACAAACGGGGACACACGUUCCACAGCGUGGGGCAGGGACACUAAAUGGGGAUAUACCCACCAACCAAACGGUCAUACAAAGUGAAUGCACGGUUGAAGAAGCAGCGGAGGGGGAGGAGGGAGUGCCCCGUCUCGCCUUGCGUGAGUAUUGCCAAACUUCACUCCGAAGCGAAGAAACAUCAAGGCCAGGAAAGUCCCUCUUCGCGCCGCCACAGGUAGACAGAGAAACAGAAAACUUCCUCAUCAUCUCCAACGUUUUCAGAAAAGACAAUAUUGACAAAUUGCACUUUCCAUUUUUUAACCAAAUGGAUAUAUAUAUAAAAAUAAAAAACGAACUGGUAGGAAAAAAGAAACAGCUCCUGUAUUUUCUCUGUUCAAUGCUGGACUCAAUUUUUGGAAGGACACACAAAUGGAGGAUAAGGAAAGACUCCUUCGAUUUUACCAAUCAUUCUUUGCAAGCAGAACUUUAUCACAAUGACAAAUGGGUUGAAAUUUUGGGUUGUGGAAUUUUAAAGCAAAAAAUCCUGUUUCGCAAAUGGAAGCAGUAUGAUGUAGGUGAUUACUUAGCCAUAGGGUUAGGGUUAGAUAGAAUCGCCAUGAUAAUGUGGGAGGUCAACAGAAUACGUGACCUAUAUUUGUACAUUACGAACACGGGAGGGAAUACUUUAUUUACAAAAAAAACGAACACAGAGGGUUCGAGAAAAGGCACAAUUACAAACAUGAUUGGACAUGAUGAUAUUCCAGGAGGAGACACAAAUGGAGAUGUAUCGGUUCAAACAAAUGGGCCAGCCGUUACGGGAGGACCCAUCGGUGAUGAAAACAUCCUAGUAGAUUCCCCAAAGUUGGAGGGAACCCAUUUGAGGAAUGCAUUACUGAAUCGGUUGUCGAGGAAAAGGGAUCCGAAUCGACCAAAGAGCGACUCAUUUCUGUACUUUUUAAAUUUAUAUAAUGUACGGCACGAGGAGAGAGAUGUGUCUUUUUAUGUCAACUCGGAGUGGGACACGGAGCUCUUCACAAAAACGGUUCUUCAGUUUGCACCCCCUGUGGAAGGCAGUCGUUUGCUCAAGCGGAUUCUACUUCUCGAUGUGUUCACGCAUGAAGGCUCUGGCAGGACCAGUUACACAUACAAGUUUCUGUACGCCGCGCCGGCGAGCAUACGGGAUCAGCACACCUUUAGAGGCCUCGUGAAGGAACUGCACGAAAAGUUGGUGAGCGAGAUCGUUCGCACGUACGACGUGAGCAUUCGGUGA